CGCACGACCUGCUCGAUCAGCUGACGCGCAGCCAGAGCGAAGGUUCUGGCAUGGCGCAUACGGCCGGUCGGCCAAAGGGAAGCCAAGACCCUGCUACUGGGCGUCGGGCCGAUUCCCAUGGUCUGCUUCCGCUUAGUCCCGAGUCAAACGAGACGCUCGAACGGCGCCAGCUGAAGAGCAUACUGAAGAAGCUGUCCGAGGACAAGGCGGCGCUAGAACAGCGCCCGACCCGCGACCUCAAGAAGCUGAUGCGCGCCCAAACGGUCGAAGGGUACGUUGCCAGACACAGCAAAUUCACCAAGAGCGUCACCUUCCAUAGGAACACCCUCUCUAGCCCGCCCGGCAGUGCCGCCCCGUGUGACUCUAUUGAAGAACGUAGUCUUUUUCCCCUUCUUAGCGCACAAACGGACGCUGGGUCUGCGGGUGUGCCGCGCCCAGUGUCCCCGGCGUCGUCGGCGGGUUUGUCGCCGUCGUCGCCAACGCCACAGCCGCCACCGAUGCUUGCCGACUUGGCGAGUGCCGCCAGCGUCACCGUCGAGCAGGAGCACGAGCGGUACUAUCGGGUGCUCCAUCGUGAGGAGCGCCAUCAUGAGGAGCACCGACAGCACCGGGUGUCCUCGGGGACAUCGGCGUCCUGUCACGCGUUGGCCGUGCUCAGCAAUGGUGACGCGCAUCGGGGCUUUCCGUACGAUCCGCGCACUGACGGUGACCUUGAGCUUGACCCCGUGGACGAGCAACCUGAUCCGGCUGCCCGGACGACCUCCCUUUCGGCACUGGCUGGCCAGCGUAGGCUGAUCAAAGGUUCGCUGGAGGAGCAGGAGUUCUUUGGCGAGGUGCUGCUCGGCAUCAAGCAGGUCAUCCAGACGCAUAUGAAGGAGAUACAGGUGAAGUUUCAGGACGAGUUCUUCACGCUCGAGCAGGAAGUGAAGAAACGGGACGACAUCAUAUCAAAACUGCAGUGUCGCAUCCUCGAGCUGGAGGCGGAGCAGCAGGGUCUGGUUGGGCUGCAGGUGCAGCUUCCCCCGGAACAGGAACACCAGCCCGGCUCGUCUGGAUCCGGCAGCAGCGGUUCUUCCUCAAACGAACUGCCCUUCAUGCGUGGUGAUUCGUUGGACACGAUCUUUGCCUCCUCACCACACUCCGACUCGGACACGCCACGACAACCGAAGGCACGCAGUCGAAAGCCUCGAACAUCACCACGCCACCGACAGCUUCGAAAUCGCCCGACCUGGGACGAAUCAACCGAUCAGGACAGCUUCGAUCACAAGGAUUCACCUCCACGCAUGCUGCCAACCACGGGUGGACCUCCACCCCCAGUACCACCUCGACGUCUCUCGACGACGACGACAACAACGACCGCAGUGUCCUUGUCGACGACGACGGAUCGUAUCCGCAGUCCGUAUCGAGAUCUCGUCUUUUCCGAGCUCACGGGCAACAUCGUCUCAGACAGUGUGAUCGUGAACAUUGAGGCAACGUCUAGUUCGCAGUCAGGGUCCCAAUCCGAGAGUGACCAUCCGUUCGGGGAGGAUGGUGAGGAUGGGGAGGACGAUGAGGACGACGAGGACGAAGCCAGGCGACUCAUGCGACCAGCCGGUUCCUCUCGCACUUCCAAACCCGCCGCCAUCGACGACGAUGAUGACGAGGACGAUGACGACGGGAUGGACUUCGGUGAGGAGCAGGAAGAGGAGGAACGCGGUGAAGAGGAACAAGUGGAGGAGGAGCAGGAAGAGGAAGAGUUGGCGGAGGAAGAGGAGGCUGCUGAGGAGGAGGAGGAAGAAGCAGAAGAAGAAGACGAAGAGGAACUGCACCACAACGACUGGGAGGUGCGGAUGUUGCGCGCGGAGCUGAAAAAGCGCGAAAGCAUCAGCACCGAUUUUCCGAGCGAGCUGGAGAGUGGGGAUGGGUUGGUGCGACGUCGUAGCCACCGGAAGCGCAGCGACACGGAUACGGACGGAAGUGACGUCACGGAUCGGGACGCGUUCGGGCGACCUCGCGCAUCCAGUCUCGACCAGCACAACCAGCAGCGACGUUUCGGAGGCCGGAUGGCGGGUAAUGGAGGGGCACCGUCCACGGCAGGACCAACCCCAUCUGCCUCCCGCUCGCGAGGCGGCAUCUUCAAGGCCAUGAGCUUCGAUCGCGACAAAGACCGGCUCUGA